AUGCGUUGGGCCUUUGAGUUUACGCCCAAGGGACCGGCGUGUGUCAGAAGCGGCCCGAAAGCGUCCCAUUCGUCGGCGUCCACGGUCAAGGCCCAGAAGACCAAACUAGUCGGAUACCUAGUGCUGGAUAUCGUCGCCCGCCAGCGUGUCAUUGGCGUUGUUGUGUCCAUCCCCGCUUGA